CCGCCGUAUCUACGAUGAGCGUCGAGGUCUCGGCGAACGGCGUCGACUUCGUCGAGGUGUCGGACUUUGAGUUCGUGGCGCCACUCACGGCUUCCGUCAUAAAACCGCGCGCGGGGCCGCCCGGGACGCGGAUCCUACUGACGGGCUUUCACAGUACUCAAAUACUACUACACUCGGAGCUCAAGUGCCGCUUCGAUACGCAAGAGACGCACGCUAUUGUUGAACAGAAUGGGAUCGGCUGCGACGCGCCCGACUUGACGGGUGACGUUACUGUAAGCGUGGUCGCGAAUGGUACCCUACAUGAGGGCACGCAGGUCUUCCGGUUUCGGAACCCUUUAUUGUUGAAGAGUGUAGUACCUCGUACGUCGUCGAUCGACGGCGGCGGCGCGGUCACCGUUACUGGCGAGGGGUUCCACCUUCAUGGGUCUUACGAGUGUCGGUUCGGCGAUACGUCCGUGAAAGCGCGGCGGUUAAAUGCGACGCAGUUGUCAUGUGACGUACCGUCCUAUCACAUAGUAGAGACGGUCUACCUGUCGGUCGUCGACGCGGAGGCGCGAGAUCAUUCUUCGGAGAGCAUCGCGUUUUUGUACACGGAGCGGCCUCACAUCUCACUGGUCAUUCCGGACAAGGCGCCCGUAUCCGGCGGCGUUGAGAUAUUAGUGCACGGCCGCGGCCUUUCGGCUGGCUUGACUUGUGUCUUUGGCGAAGCGACGUCGCCGUCACGCUACAUAAGUGAAGAAUUGCUAUCUUGUGUGGCGCCCGCGUCGUCGCGGAGCGGUCCUAUUCGAUUAACACUGAGAGCCAAGGACGCGACCAAAGCUACUACAUCGUUUACAUACGUCGACGACGUCGAAAUAACCACAACGACACCGAAGGCCGGCGCACUACAAGGAGGCACGCUACUCACAAUCCGAGGUGCUGGAUUCGAGAACACGACGCAACUGGGUUGCCGCUUCGGGAGUCUCCUGGCGUCCGCGGCAUUCGUCUCCGACGACGAAAUUCUUUGUAAGACGCCGCCGUCGUCCACGCGAAAACGCAUACCCGUCGAAAUUACCAAUGAUGGAACGCACUUCGCGUCGUCACUAGACGCGCGCUUCGACUACGUCGACGCUCCUAGUGUAGAUGCGUUCUCGCCGAUGACGGGUCCGGAGCGCGGUUUGACAGUUAAGCUGCGCGGUCGAAGGUUUUCACGAACGACGGUCUGUGCCGUCGAUCAACAGAUUGUACCUACUUCAGUAUUAUCUUCGACGUUGCUCGAGUGCGCUAUCCCACCCCUGACGCCGGGGGCGUAUUACUUGGCAGCUUCGAGCGACGGCGCCCAGUUCGAACAAGCUUCACAGUUGUUCAGAGUGUACAGUCUCGAACGCGUGACGCGUGUGCACCCGAGACGCGCUAGAGGCGGCUCCACGGUAGUCGUGCGGGGCGCCAAUUUCGUCAACACAUCACUGACGAGGUGCCGCUUCGGCGAUUUAGUGGAAGAGUCUUCCUACGUCAACGCGACCGCCGUCGCGUGUACCGUACCCCAUGGUGGAGAGGGCAACACGACCGUAGGCGUGGCGUCGAACGGCGUGGACUUCGUCGGCGAUCUAUCGUUUUCCUAUGCCCCCUCAAUAGUGAUAGAGCAGGUGCAUCCGCGGCGCGGGUCGACCGGUAUUGACGUUGUGAUACAUGUAAAAGGUUCUAUCAAUAAUCACGCGACGUGCACCUUCGGACAAGUGGUCGUCGCCGCUUUACCACAAGAAGAUACGUUAGUAUGUCAAGCGCCGGCGUUACCCUUAGGGUCUCACUCAUUAAGAGUAGCACCGGACGGCGGCAUCUCCAUAAAGGCGGGCCACUUCACGGCCACGGAACCGAUUCUUAUCUCAAAACUGAAGCCUGGAUUCGUCUACGAGAAUGGUGGAGGUGUCAUUAGCGUCGAAGGCCAAGGGUUCACGCGAGGUUUGUACUGUCGCGUGGGUGAAAUGGAGUCCAUGAAGACGCAACAUGUGUCUGCCACCGAAUUGUUAUGUCCGACGCCUGCAGCAAAGCCCGGCACUUUACAUUUAUCACUCUCCAGCGACGACCUUCACUUUAUUCGGUCCGACGUUACGUUAAGGGUCGUGCCCUCCGUAUCUGUAGUGAGUGCGUCGCCGCUCACCGGUAGUGUGGGCGGCGGCGACAACGUCAAGGUGACCGUCGCGGGGCUGGUCCCCGACGCGCCGGCGCCGGUGUCGUGCUUCUUCGGGGCGCUCGUUGUUCGCGCUCGUAGAACGAAGGACGAGCGCGAAGUGGUGUGCGACAUCCCGCCCCACGAUGUCGGAGAGGUGGCGUUACGCGUGGGCUACGGUGGGUUUGGAGGUGAAGGUUCUAGCACGACCUUCACGUAUGUGCAAGCCGUGGAGGUAAGACGCAUCUACCCCGCGCGCGCGCCCAUCGGCGGCUCUACCUAUAUUGAGGUCGUGCACUCGUCGCACUUGCAAGAGGACGUGUCGUGUCGCUUCCGCGGGCCGGGCGACUUUAUCGAUACGGAAGCUACGUCCAUUAACUCGUCGGCCGUGCGCUGCGCGUCCCCACAAGGUAUGAGAGGGCCCUCAUACCUCACACUGAGGGCCAGAACCUGGGAGACGAACGCCCUUGGUUUUUAUUUCUACGAAAGACCUAUCGUUAACAGUGUCACGCCAGGAAGGACGCCGUCCAUCGGAAACGGUCUACUCUCGCUCGCCGGUUCUCAUUUCGCCUCGGGGUUGAAUCCGCGCUGCAGAAUUGGUGAUAUGUCUGUCGACGCUCUACGCGUGGCUUCAACAAUAGUGACGUGUGAAGCCCCUCCGGGCAAAGCUGGCGCUUCCGUAAGUGUCGGCCUGGACGUCGACGGCGUGGUCUUCGGUACGGAGCGAGUCAUUUAUUAUGACGCACCGGAACUAGUGUCACUGACGCCUCGAAUUGGAAGUCGUCUGGGCGGCACUACCCUACGUAUUGAAGGCAGGGGCUUCCUCAAUGGCCGCGACGGAUCACUCAUAAGGUGCUGCUUCGGUGACCAAUGCCACAAGCCACGUCGCGCCUUGGACGACGCCGUGGCGUGUGUCACACCGGCGCUCGAGGACCACGUCGAGGUCGCCCUGUCGCUCAACGGCGGCACUGAUAAGUCAGCAUCGUUGCCGUUCCGCGUUUAUGACGACGAGCCCGUCCUACUCGGUUUAUCUCCCGUGCUAGGAAGUUUGCGAGGUGGCACGGUCGUCCACAUAGCUGGAGCGCAUCUAAACCACGAUACGGCAGCCUGCCGCUUCGCCGGUUUGGUGGUCGAGGCGUCUCUGGUGACAGCGUCGCAAAUAACGUGCGUGAGCCCGCCGGUUCCGGAGGGCGAUAUAACAGUAGAGGUGGCCGUGAACAAAGUGGACUUCCUACGAGUACCUACUAAGUUCCACGCCGCGGCCCUGCCCACGGUAUUGAGUAUUUCGCCGUCGAUCGUCGUGGCCGGCGCCGCGCGCCGGAUCAUCGUGACUGGACGGGGCUUUAUGAAUAGUCCAGAAUUAAGCUGUAGAUUCGGAGAUGUGAGUGUGCAAGCGGAGUUCGUCGACGAAAGGUCCAUAGCCUGCGUCGCGCCGGCGGGCCCGCCGCGGACCAAAGUCUGCGUCGACGUCGCGCUCAACGGCGAGGACUACCCUGGUGAAUGUAGAGCAUCUCUGUCGUACGCGUCUCCGCCGAAAGCCCUCGACGUGAACGCCUCACUAGAAGGAUUGACUGUAGCCUACGACACGGACGAAGACGUGUGGGCGGCCACGCCGGACCUCACCUGUCAAUUCGGCAACGUCAGUCGACCGGCUUCGGUCGUCGACGGCGUCGUUCGAUGCCCGACGCCUAGGUUGCCGGCCGCCCUGGCUUCGAUGAAUAUGACAUCGGUCAACCUCGGCGUCGGUUCCAGUGAUACUGAUUUAUCGUAUAGCUUCGCGGCGCCCGUGACCGUAGCUUCCCUAGCUCCGUUGCGGGGGCCCGCUUCCGGUAACACGCUGAUCAGUGUCGAGGGCACGGGCUUCGGACAUAACGGGACGACGCGCUGUCGUUUUAGAUUUGCCGACCGUAUCGAGGAGAGCCCCGCGACCGUUUUUACGGAGGAGCUCCUUUCCUGUGAAACACCGCCCGCGAACGCGUCGGAAACGUAUACCGUCGUAACGAUACGGAGAAUCGAUGUGGACGGACAGAGUGACGGCGUCGUGUACUCCUACCGCCAACCGCUUUUACUGGAAGCUAUGGACCCCUUGUCUGGCAGUGAUACGGGCGGCACGGAAGUGACCCUAACAGGUAUUGGAUGGUCGAGGAGAGACGUCUUGAAGUGUAGGGUCGGCCAAUUCGUGGUCGACGCCUGGCACGUGAGUGAUGGGAGCGUCGUGUGCUCCAUGCCUCCGGGACCUAUUGGUAUGGCGGUGAAGGUAGCCUUGGUCACCGACCAAGCCGAGUCCGAUUCUAUGAAUUACACCUACGUCACGGCGCCCUCCAUCACCUCUGUAAAGCCGGCGCGAGGCCCGACGCCGGGCCGCACGCGCGUUUCAGUGACGGGACGGUUCUUCUCUUCUGACCUACUGUGUCGGUUUGGGGACGCCCCGCCAGUCCCUUCAUCAUUUUCCAAUGCUAGUCAUGCGUCCUGCGUCGCGCCGCCGUCCCUCGCCGCCGGCGCGUUAAAUGGAAUCGGUUCCGUCGCAUUAGCCGUGUCAGCUAACGGCGGCGCCGACUGGUCGCCGGAAGGCCCGACCUUCGCAUAUGUCACGAUGCCCUCGGUGAAUAAAGUGACGCCGCUGCGGUUGGCUGCGACGCAUGAGCCGCAAGAACUUUACAUGGAUGUCGACGACGCGUCACUAUUGACUUCUUGCAGGAUCGGCAGCGUCGUCGGUUUUGUAUCAAAAACAUCUCCGUCGAAGGCGACGUGUGCUAUCAGUUGUAGAGCGUCGUUGCAUCCGCAGCCCCUCGAGAUUUCGGUGGACGGUCAAUUGUUCUCGAGAACGGACCACGCGAUCAAGUGCGUCGCGGCUCCAUUAAAUGUGAGGGCGGAGCCUAGGAUAGCGCCAUUAAGAGGCUCAAAGGUCAUCAUUCACGGUGUGGGAUUAGCGUCGGCGCCGGACCCGGCCUGCAAAUUCGGGCGGGAAAUUGUCAAGGGGAAACGCGUCGACCUCGUCGGCGUCGAAGCGGUCGCGUGCGACGCACCUUCUCGUAGAAGACCGGAGCAUACGACCGUAUCAGUUGCCGCGGACGCGUCGGCGUUGGCCUUCUCGCCCGCAGUACCGUUCACUUACUUUACUGAUGAAGUCCUGGUGAGCGUGAAACCGACGCUGGCCGCCGCGCUGCCGGAACCACUAUCCUACAACAUCGAGCUAUCACAACCUUUGCCCGAACACAGCGACCUCGCCUGUUUAUUCACGGUGGACGGCGAUGCCAUCGUCGUGAAGGCGCGCGGCUUACGAUGCGAGCUCCCCGCGUCGCUGCGAAGGGAAGGCGCCGUGUCCGUCAGAAUAGCGGCGAACGGCGUCGCGUUUGGCGAGCAUGAGGUCAUUGUACGAAUUGUGCCGCAGCCCGAGGUCUUCUCGUUGCAGCCGAGCGUCGGUCCCGCUACUGGCGGAAAUCGAGUCCGGAUUUUGGGGCGAGGCCUCGUGGGCAACACCACGCUCUGCAAAUUCGGCGAUACGACCGUGCGGGCCUCGCUGUUGAGCAUGGAGGAGCUCCUGUGCUCUCAGCCGCCCUUGGACCAAGGCGCAUAUACACUCGAGGUUGUGAUUGAUGGCAUCCCCAGUAACAACGGGGCCCGGUUCCACGCCGUCGCCUACACGUCGCUGACGCUAGUCUCGAAACCACAAAUCUCCGUACGAGGCGGCGCGCGCCUCCGCCUCAAAACGCAAGAAAUUCUACCGCCAGCCCGGCCGGACGCCUACGCGUGCCGGGUGGGAACCCGCACCGUAGCCGCGUCCGUCGAUCCGGCCUCUACUGGAAUUUCUUGCGUCGCGCCCGCCGGCAUCCUCGGAUCCGCUUCAUUAAGCUUGCUGCUCGAGGGCGUGGAAAUGGGACAGGGUCCUGACAUACCGUACGUCGAUGCACCUGUCACUUACGGCCUCCUGCCGACGAGCGGUCCAUCGAAGCGCCGCGUCGUUGUGAGUGGCCAGCGCCUUGGCGGUUCGGUGCGGUGCCGCUUCGGUGCCAUCAUCGCAGAUGCCCUUUCAUCUUCCGAGGAGAGAGUGGUGUGCGAGGCUCCGGAAAAUACGGGUCAAGUCCAAGUAUCGCUGUCUAUUGAUUCAGAGCCCUGGUUCGACGUCGGCUCCUAUACGUAUGAAGCUCUUGGUAGAGGCGCUUCCGGUUGCCACGUUGUCUCCAUGAGUCCAGCGAGCGGACCUCGGAGAGGCGGCACGCGCGUUUCACUAAGAAUGGACGGUCCUCUACCGUCGAGAUGUAGGUUUGGGAGCAAAGUCGUGUACGCCACAGAACUCUCAUCCACCGAGAUUGGCUGCGACGCGCCCGAAGGGCUCGCGGACGGCCGCGUUUCUUUAAGUGUUGCGUUCGGCCAGUCUUCGAACUACUGCGACGCCGGUCUGAGGUAUGAAUACGCUCCGGCACCCGUCGUGACGGAAGUAACACCCUCCCAAGGCGUCGCAAGAGGCGACAUUUUACGAGUGACUGGUCAAAAUUUCAAAGAAAACUGCAUGUGUCGCAUCGGCGCCGCACAACCGUCGCCGGCCCUACGCCUAUCAGCAACCUUAAUCGAGUGCGCCGUGCCAUCUUCCUUGCAGCGGGGCACGCACGCGAUCACGGCGUCGAACAACGGCUUUGAUUUUGGCGAUUCUGUAUCAAUACAGACGCGCGGCGACCCCAUUCAGCUGAAAUUGCAUCCGAGGCUGGGCCCCGCGGCGGGCGGCACUUCACUUCUGGUAAAUUCCGUGGAUUUGCUCGGCGACCACAAUUUGACAUGUGUGGUCGGCGGCCGAUCCACACCUAUCAUUCAUGGAAAGUGCGCGAGUCCUCCCUCAACGCCAGGUCAAGCGGCAGCUUCGAUACAUUACGUCACGGGCCGUAUGGCUGCAGACGCGUCGUCCUACUACUAUCACACCCCCCUCCGAGCAGCUUCCAUAGAACCUGCGAAGGGUUCUAUGGAAGGCGGCACGCGCGUUUUACUGAAGUUACUCUCGGACGCUCCGUCGGUCAUCGAGGAACGAGGUGGCGCCUACGCUUGUAGCUUUGGUGAUUCAAUACAAAAGGCCGAGGUCGUCGACUCUUCUACGAUCGCAUGCGUCGCACCCCCGGGCGCCGGCGUCAUCCCUAUAUAUCUGACGGCGAACGGCGUGGACCUCCAGAGAGUCGGCACGUUCGCCUACUACCAUGAGCUGGAGGUUAAUGAAGCGGCUCCGUCGACACUACCGCCCGAGGGCGGCGUGCGCGUUUUAGUAGAAGGACGAUAUUUGGACCAAGUGACGCACUGUAGAUUUGGAGGCAUUGUUGUCGAACGGACGCACGCUUCAGUGAAUGAAGUCGUAUGUGUUUCACCAUCACACGCGUCCGGCCUGGCCCGCGUCGGCCUCUCGGCGAACGGAGUGGACUUCGUGGACGGUCCUAGAGUGUACUAUGAAGCAACAAGGCCGCGCGUCGACGCCGUACGACCGGCUUUUGUGGCGCCGGGCGCGCCCACGUCCACGAUCUACGUCGUCGGAGGGCCCUUUGCAGCUGUGGAAGGCUGGCGCGCGGAACUACUCAUUCAAGGAAUGGAGUACGACUUCGACUGUGCGUUCGCCAACACCACACAUAUCGCGUGCGCCGCGGCCAUCGAGGCGGACGCGCCGUUGGGGCGGGGCGACCUCCACCUGCUCCUACGCGACGCGCCCGCCUCGUCAGGCGAGGCGGGGUUCUGGGUCUUGCCCGAUAUCAGUGUAUCCAGUGUAGUUCCUACAGCAACUAUCAAAGGCGCGGCCGUUCGACUGACAGCGACGACGUCCUGGUCUGCGGGUCUCGUCUGCGACUGGGACGGCGUUUUAAUGGACGCGGCGCCCACGCCAACGGGUGCGUCGUGUCCUGUCGCUGAUUUGGCGCCGGGCCGUUACUCAUUAAGACUGUGUCGGUCCGAUUGCGACCUGUACGGGGCCUCGGCACCGGUGUCGUUCCAUAUUUUGGAGGAGCCUGCGUUGACGCGAGUGAACCCGUCUCAUAUAACGCAGCGGGGCGGCGAGUCCGUUGAAAUCGACGGGGGCCCGUUCCCUUUGACAGGAUUGAGGUGCCUCGUCACCGGUGCUGCUGAAGUCAAUGCUACCUACCUGUCUUCUACAAGGAUCACGUGUGAAACGCCGUCAACACCGACGACGGGGCCCGCUCUACUAAAAGUGUCCAUUGACGGCGGCUUCCACUACGUCGGUUCGUUACAAGUGACCUACCACGCGACGCCCACACUGUUCGGUUUGGAGGAGCUAGGAGCGUCCGUGAUCGGUGGAAGACCUUUGCGCGUCAAGGGGCGUGGGUUCUCAUAUCUACAAGAACAGGGCGCCCCGCUGCCAACCUGCGACUUCGGCUUCGGUGCCGUCCCGGCAGUCGUCGAGGACGACUCUACCCUUCUGUGUCAAGCGCCGCCCGUGACCCAUGCGCACACGCACGGCGUCGACGUACGUUUAGGAAGGAAGCGCUACUUGUUGCCAUCCUCCAGAAAUAUAACUGUGAAGAGGUUCGACGCCAUUCAAGUAACAAAAGUCGACCCGCCGCGGGGCUCGGCUGCUGGUAGCUACUCUUUAAGACUAACAGGUACGGGCUUCGAUGCGGACGCCGCCGAGGCGGCGGCGCACUUCCGGGAUGUUGUCGAUGGGACGUGCGCGCACGCGCCGCUGCGCGUCGUUUCCCGUACCGAGGCGUGGGUCGAUAAAGUACCGGCGUGGCACCGGGCCGGGAGGUCCGAAAUCACGGCCUCGAACUGCCACGACGAUGCGGACUUUUCAAGGGAAGGCGCGAUCUUCGUGUACGAGCGGGCUUUAGCUUUGUUGGCCGUGCGUCCGGCCGUCGUCGAUAGUCACGGAGGCACGUCCGUCUUAAUCCGUGGCGUCGGGUUCUAUCCGUCUUUACCUUCUGUUUUGAAGUGUCGCUUCGGCCCGUCUCAGUAUGGUGAUGCUACUUUUGUGAACAGUACUACUGUACGAUGUGUCUCUCCACCAAACUUGCGGGCCGGGCUGGAGUACCCCGUUGCGGUGACUGUGGACGGCAAGACCUACGUCACGGCUCCUUCUGUCAAAGUGCGCGCGACGGCGGCGCCCCGCAUUCUUCGUAUAGAGCCUUCAUCGGCUUUUGCCGGCGCGUCCGUCGUGGUCGAGGCGGCCUUCGACGGGAACGGAACGUUUUACGACGAGACGGCCUACUGCCGCUUCGGCGCUGCUAGCGUCGAAGCGUUUGUAGAGGACGACACGCACGUGUCGUGUCGCGUGCCUUCUGCUGAAGACGCUCGCUCUGACAUGCCAAGUGUCUCUAUUGGAAUUGUCGGCGAGGCGCCGGGCUCCAUACCCUCGACGGGGAGAGAUGCACCGCAUACAGUCGCCUUCCGGUACGACGCGAAACCGUCCGUCGCCAGGGUGGCGCCUUCCUCAGUGCCGUCGGGCGGCGGCGUUUUAUUAACUGUCAUUGGCGACCAUUUCGUCGAUGUACCUUCACUAACGUGCGGCUUCUCCGACGGGUCCCAAACGCCGGCGCGGUUCGUGACUCGCACGAGACUCGCGUGCGAGAGCCCUCCGACGAACGCGUCUUCACUAAGAUUGAGCGUGGCGACGAACGGUGCGGACUUUGGACGUGACGGCGCUUCCAUCAACGUCUGGCCCGAGCCCUCGUUGCUGAGUAUCGAGCCGGACGCGGGCGCCGACGACGGCGGCGACGUCGUUAUUUUGAGAGGUUAUGGUGUGGGCCACUUGUUGCGGAGCGUCGGGUCGGUCGACUGCGUGUUUGGAGGAGUGAGAGUCGAAGCGACGUGGCUGCGCAACGACCACGACGACGACGCCGUGGCUUGUAAUACACCGAGCGCUCAUGACGUGACGCGUUCACCACAGAUGAGUCGAGCAGUCGUGCCCGUUAGACUGGCACCUUCUCAUUCAUCAGCCUCGACGGAGGCCGUCCUCUCGUACACCUACGUGGCGCGGCCGACGAUACGCUCCUUAUCACCUAAGACGGGCCCCGCGCGGGGCGGGACCCUUGUGACACUGAAAGGAGCGAACCUUAAUCGAACGGCGCACUGCGACUGCCGCUUCGGUGUGACUGUUGUCGAGUGUGCGUCGCGGACGGAUCGCGGCGUCGAGUGCGUCGCUCCUCCCACAAUACUGGAGGAGGACGUCUCUCCCGUCGUUGCCGUCGCACUGUCGCUCGACGACAAGCGGAGGUGGCUUGGUACGCUAGAGUUCGCGUACGACCCGUCACUACUGUUGAAUGCCCUAACACCGACGCGGGGCCCGUCGUCAGGCGGCACGACGGUCACCGUCACUGGUGUUAAUUUCCGGGCCCGUCGCGUGUUAAGCUGUAAAUUCGACGAGCGAGUCGUACAAGCUUCAUUUGUCUCUACAGAAUCCAUAAGUUGUCGAGCGCCGCCCGGCCACAACACAGCAACGGUAUCUAUCAGUCAGAACGGCCUUGACUAUGACGGCGCGCUGCAGUUCGGCUACUACUCCACACCUCUACCAGAAUCACUAACGCCGGAAAGAGGAGUGGAAGCGGCCGGUGCCAUGAUAAGUGUCAAAGGUGCAAAUUUUCCGACGGACGAAUCUGUCCAAUGCAAGUUCGGCGACGACGUCGUGGCAGGCUCGGUCCUCACGGAUAGUGAAGUAAGGUGCCCGGCGCCGUACCAGGAAGUUUCUAGGGAUGUCCAGGAGGUCACGUUCCACGCCAUCGAAGCCAUUCGAGAGCAGCAGACCGUCGACGUCGUCGGUCGAAGGGCGCGACGGGAGGUGCAAGAACUUAGAGUGACUGCUGCUGGGGGAGCUAGGCGAGAAGACUUUGUUGAUUUGGACGUAGAUCUAUCCAGAGCCACGGCCGAAGUCCAGACCAUGACGACGGCGCUAACGGGUCAUAGGAAAGAAAAGCAGCGCAUUAGUAUCGCAUUACCGCCUCAUCGGCGCGAGGUGCAGCGUUUCGUGAUGAAUGAUAUAAGACGGGCCUACCUGAGAGACGGCAUGCGGUUCUGCCGAGAGCACGACUUCUCUGCCGAGUUCCCGGAGACCCUCACGAAGCGGUGCUCGACGGAAUUUGGAGGAAGGGACCCUGCCGCAAGGCUCGGUGAAGCGUCUGUCCACGACUACUCCUACCGCUUGGUGUUCGGGCCCUACGCCACUCGCAGUUUGCCCAUGGACUACGAGGCGUGGUUCCUUAAAGAAUCAUUGGAGGAAUUGGUGCCGUUCCGGGACGGGGUGGAGGUCGUCGAAGACGGUGUUGAUUGGGUGGUUACGUACCCUUAUACGGCCGGGGACGUGCCCGCGCCGCUCACGGAAGCGUCUGCUGCGUUGAACUUUUUAAAUGGUUCCAAUGUGACUGUACAAGUGGAGGAAGUCGUGCGGGGUAUUGCGCCUCCCACGUAUCGGUUGGAGGUCGAAGGUAGUAUAGGUGGCGGGUAUACUCUUGACGUGUUAGGAGAUGAAACAGUGUUUAUUCCGUACGACGCGACGGCCAACGAAGUGCGUGCGGCGGUCAAUGCUGUGCUGGACAAUGAGCUCUACGGCUGGACCGAGGUGAGGGAACGGGCCGCAUUGUAUGGCAACCAUCCCCUGACAAGAGCCUGGGACGCCUACGCGGGCCACCGGGGUCGAACGUACGAUAUUAGUUUUGUUGCUUGUUGUAGGUCGGCCUUUGGCGGGCAUACGGUUUUGACUGUGGGGACCACGUCCCUCAAAGGUGUCAGUGCGACGGUGCGCGUCGUCUCCUCACAGAAGGGCGUGGAGACGCUGUCCGGUACUUAUCAAGUCUCGACGGACGGCGGCCUGACCUACUCGGCUCCGGCGGAUGUUGAUGGUGGUGCUUCUGCCCUGGAGACGGCCAUCGAAGAAGCCAUCGGCCGCAUGGCCGAUCCCACGGCUUCGACGGACGCUACUGUAAGUGACGCCGGGAAUUUACUGCGGGGCUGCGGCUAUGCGUAUGAUGUGGAGUAUCCCGCGGGCCGGGACUUCCCGCCCCUCCAAUCUAAUGUAUCUUCGUUUGACUCGCCGGAGGCCUACUUGUCCGUAAAUACGACUCAAGAAGGCUCGCAGUACGAGGUCUGGAGCGUCGCGCUCGAUUCAGCUGCAUCGGGCAAGUUCUUCCUGUCGUAUGGGGACAAAGAAACCGAGGACCUGGCUGUGGGCAUCUCCUCCACAGAGUUGUCGGACAAGAUUUUGGAUGGUCUCGAGCUGGCGACCACGAUCUCAAAAACUCAAAACGACUACCGCGUCACCUUCACCGAUGCCCUUGAGGGAGGCGGCCUAGAACAUGAUUUGAGACUGGGCGGCCUCUCCAGUAGAUUCACGUCGGGAAAGGAGACACUUACAGCUACUACUGCAAAUUGUACCAAAAUACGAAAUGGACGGUGGAACCCCCUCUCCGGCACUUUACAGAUAGCGAUGGACGACAAUCUGGAUCAAUUCAUCACGAUGCCCCACGACGCCACUUCUCAACAUUUAGAACGACUCUUCUCAUCAAAAGCGGACGUCUUCGGGCGGCCCUCCGUGUCACGGUCUCAAAAUGGACCAGGGGCCUACACGUGGUCUAUUACCUUCGUGGACUACGCUGGUACUCUUCCGUUACUCCAGCGCGUCGGAGGUACGACAGAUACGUAUGGUGACGCGUCCGUCUCGUACACGCGGUCGGCCGCGUCGGGCUCGGACUGCUGCCUGACGGGCAACGUGUCUCUGCUGUUGAGUGACGGUCUUGAGGAGAAGUGGCUGCGCGACGUGCCCUCGUCAAUAUCUGAGGGGGACCUGCAGGAUUUAGUUGAUGUGGCCUUUGGGGACGCCGCGCAUGUGAACAGUACGAACGUGUCCCGUCAUCUACCGUACGAGCCAUCACUCAAAGUACGGGUCGAGCAACGGGUCUCAGGUGCGGCGACGUGGCGCUUCUCUCGCACGUACACGUCUCCGAACGGCGGCUGGGGCAACGCCUCUGUCGUUAGAAGUGUGCAAGGGUCGCUGUCGCUUGGUACUAUACUAAAGAGGAAGGGGGCUCAAUUUUCAUACAAUGCGGUAGAGGACGGCGCCCAGCCGGAGGUGCAGCGUAUUAGAUUUACCUCAUUGGGACCGCCGGGCGGCCACUGGCGGUUACGGCACGAAGGUGUUAACACCGCCCCUAUGAAGGUCGACGCGAGCGCGGACGAGGUGCGCGCGGCCCUGGAGGCGGCCCUGUUUACGUCUGUUGAAGUGUCUCGCAGUUUCUAUAGUAGUGGCCACGAGUUCCUCGUGACCUUCGUCGCCGAGCCCGGGGACGUCCCUUCGCUGGAAUGCGACGUGGCCGAGAGUACGGGUCCGACGCCCUUCUGCCGGGUCGACGAGGUUGUGCAAGCGACCUCGGUCGUGUCAGGUGGCGCGUUCCGGCUGCUCUUUGGGGGCAAGCUCACGGAACCGCUAUCAUCAACAGCUUCAUCCCUACAAAUCCAGCAGGCCCUGGAGAAAUUACCAUCAAUAGGUAGAGUAAACGUCUCCGACGCGCCGCUCAUCGUGGGCCAUCCACUGUCGGAACAACGCGCUUCACAAGGGACGAGCGGCCCCGGCGGCCGGGCGUGGCGCGUCGAAUUUAACGACCACAAGUACAAGGGCUCCACCGUUCUGCAUGAAGGCGACCAGCCUUUAUUGCAACUAUCAUACAACGAGACCUCAUUGACGGGCACGCGAGCCGACGCGAUCGUGUUUGAAGUAAAACGCGGGUCGCGGCCCGGUGGCACUUUUAAGGUAAGGCGCCACUUCGGCGGCUGGUCGCAGGCUUUGGACUACGGCGCGUCGGAGGAGGAGUUACGCUAUGCGCUCGAAGCUUUAGAUGGAAGGCCCAAGAUACCUUCGAUAGAAUCCGGGCCGACGACGGACGGCUACCUGACGUAUACCGACCCUCUGUGUGGUGAUAUUGCUGUCACACGUACAGACUAUGCUGAUUCAAUGAGUGAAGGGUACCGGUACGUCGUAACGUUCCCGGAAUGCGACGGCGACGCGCCGCGACUUUAUGGAGACGCUACGCAACUAAAUGAUGCUUCUGUCAGAAUACGCGAGACGCGGAAGGGCGCGCCCUCCUCCAAAGCCGCGGGCCAGUUCACAAUUUCAUAUCAAGGCGCGACGACGCCCGGGCUCCAGAUCGGCGCGCCGAUCGAAGAGAGUCUAGAAAAGUUACCGACGGUCGGCGACGUCGUCGUCUCCACGCACGAAGACGUGGAUCAGGUGAGCUACGUCGUCACCUUCACGUCGCUCGGCAAUCCUACAAAUCUUGGAGAUUUACCUCUGUUGCAAGCGACGCAUUUGCAGAUGGGCGACGCCGCUCGUGUGAGUGUCCGCAAAAUUAGUACAGGGUGCUGCGACGUCUCCCUAUCGUUCAACGGCCAGGAUUGGCACGCGAAGCAAGGCUUGGCCCACGGCCGCGAUGGCAUGGGUCAAGUGGUCUCGUUGCAUCCGGCGAGCGGUCCUACGAGAGGCGGCACGGUCGUGACCGUGACGAUUGCUGGUGGUCUGCUCCCUCCCUCAGAUCUGCUCUGGUGCGUCUUCGGCGGCGCCCGGUCGCGCGCGACGCGUAUUGAUACACAAAGAUGCACCUGCCUCUCACCGGCCUUUGCGGCGGGUAGUGUAGCUGUCGAAGUGUCAGCCCAUUCGCUCGAGGCUAGUGCGACCAUUGCACGAGCGGGCCCGGCGUCAUUCAGGUACCAUGCCGAGGAGGCCGUCUCGCACACGACUCCCACACUCAUCGAUUCGAGACAAGGCGGUCCGAUCCACGUCUACGGGACGUUUACUGAAGAGAACGACAAGAGAAGCUGCCGCUUCGACGUCGAGGCGCCGCCGGCGGUCCACAAGCUGCCCGAGCGCUUCGUUUCCAGAACGACAAAGGCCUACGCUCUCAAUGCAUCGACAGUGGCCUGUAAAGCGCCGCCCCUGUCAGCUUUUGAUGUUGAGGACGCGUCCGUCGUUAGAGCUCGAGUGUAUGUAUUAGAGAACGGCGUCGACCCGUCCCGGAGCUCCGCGACGCUCUGGUACGCGCGGGCACCGAGAGCGUUGACGGUCCAUCCGUCGAGCGGUCCGCGAUCCGGCGGCUCUUCUGUCAGAAUAACGACGGACUGGAACGAGACGGAGUGGGCCGCGGCUAGAGCCGCCGGCGCGUUGGAGGAUGCGGUCUGCGACUUUGGAGGGACACUGGUACCGGCGUCGUACGCGUCGCGGGACAUUCUCGAGUGUACUGCGCCGUCCCUCGAACCGAAGCGCGCGCUGCACACCGUCGAGGUGUCGUCGGCCGCCAUUACCUCUUCCGUCCAAGAGGUUGAAGUUCGGUUGAACAGCGCGGGCGCGGCGUCCGGUUCGUUUACGUUGAUGCUCGAGGGCCAUGUUUCUGCAUCUAUUCCUAUUAAUGCUUCAAACAUGGAAGUGCAACAAGCACUCAACGCGUUGCCGUCCGUCGGCUUCGUCACGGUCCUGUCGAACGCGAGUGUAGUGGUCGAAGGCGGGAGCAGCUGGUCCAUUAAGACCUAUCGCAUCGCCUUCCGCACGCGCGAAGGGCCGACGCCGACUUUGGUCGUGGACGAUUCAGAGUUAGUAGCUGGGAGCGUGGGCGACGCCGUCAGAGCCUACGUUGUACAGAGAGGCACGACCGGCGAAUCGGUUGCUGAUCAACAGACCAUUCGCAUCAGGCAGCCCGUGCCCUCUCCCGAGGUGCAGCGCAUCUCCCUGGAAGCGAAGCGCAGCUUCGGCAACGAGCGCCAGCGGAUUUACUUUGACGAAGACGCGCCAAUUUCAGAUACGUGGACAAUCACUUAUGCCAGUCAAACUACCGGUGAUUUGACUUGGGACGCGUCGGAAGAUGAAGUGCGUCAACAACUCGAAUUACUGAGAGGCGUCGGCCGCGUCGACGUUACAAGAAUGCCGGCGGGCACGCGCGGCUUUGCUUGGACGGUCGAAUUUUUGGACGAAGAGGCGUCGUACCACGCGGGUCUGGAGGAGGUGACGGACGCACCGACCUAUGAAACGGCCGCGCCCGUGGCGACGCCGUCGCAGCAACCGACCAUAUCAGGGAGGACGGACUUUCGGAGGCCGUUAUUAACUGUAGCCUCAUCAGCUACGGUGGUGGUGAAGAGGGUAAGACCUCGAGUGUCCGCGCCGGACGGCCAGUUCUGGCUCAGUCUAGCUGGAUAUCGUGGGAGAGCCGGUCCUCUCCAUGCAGAAGCCUCAUCAGAUGAUGUCGAGGCGGCGAUUUACGACGCGUUCGGGAUUACUGUCACUAGUAAAACGACGCAGGAGCCGAGAGGCUGGGCCUGGACCCUGGCGUUCCCCUCUGUUUUAGGUGACGUGCCUUUAUUAACAGUUAAUGAGAACUGGUACCAUCUCGCGAACGUGACUGUUAGUGAAGUGAAGCCGGGCGUCAAGGCGCUGGACGGCGGACUAGUGCUGACAACGGGAACGAACACUUCUAGAACGUUACCAUUAGCCGAUUUGACGGCCUACAAGGUACGAAGAGCGCUCGAGGAGACACUAUCUCUCACAAACAUGGUCGUCGUGCAACGGGACACGUAUGAAGGGCCGUGCUCGAACUCUAGUGACACGUGUCGCGGCGUCGACUACCGCGUGACCUUCCCCGCGUCGCUAGGGGAUGUCGACAUUGUUAGAGCU